AUGGCGGGGCAGAAUCCGAACAUGGAUCAAUUCGAGGCGUACUUCAAGAGAGCAGAUUUGGACGGAGAUGGUAGGAUCAGUGGAGCCGAAGCUGUAGGAUUUUUCCAAGGAUCUGGUUUGCCUAAGCAAGUUCUCGCCCAGAUAUGGUCGCUUUCUGAUCGGUCACGCAGUGGUUUCCUUGGUCGGCAAGACUUUUAUAAUUCUCUGAGACUUGUAACAGUAGCACAGAGCAAGAGAGACCUGACGCCUGAGAUUGUUAAUGCAGCACUGAAUACUCCUGCAGCAGCCAAAAUACCAGCGCCCAAAAUCAACCUUUCAGCUAUUCCUGCACCCCAACCUAAUCCUGCUGCUAACACGGUCCGUCCGGUUUCCUCAACUGGUCCUCCAAAUUUGGGGUUUAGAGGACCAGGGGCUCCAAAUGCGAAUGUCAAUCAGAAUUAUUUUCCACCUCAACAAAACCAGUCAGUGAGACCAAAUCAAGGAAUAUCUGGGAUGACUUCACUUAGACCAACUGCUGGUCCAGAAUAUAGACCAAGUGCUUUACCAGGUCAAUUUCAACAAGCCCCUGUUGGUAAUGUUACUCGUCCUCCUCAGGCUGUCCCCACUAGUGCAUCUGGUCCUGGUGGUUCAACGCUCGAUCUUAAUAAUUUGUAUGCUGGAAACACCAGCGGAUACUCGUCAAACUUUGGAGGGGGCAACUUAGCAGCACCUUCUCCUGUCCUAAAUCCAGGAUCACAAAUUGAUCCAAAAGCGCUGGUUGUGUCUGGAAAUGGAACUGAUAUGUUUUCCUCCUACCAGCCAAAACAAGAACCCACUCUGAGUAAUUCUUCAGUCAGUUCAGCCAUUGUUCCUGCUUCUGCUGGAACCCAACCUCCGCCAAAGCCUAAUGCUCUUGACUCCCUACAGAGCACUUUCUCAAUGCUACCUGCUGGAAAUCAGCCUCAACAGCCAAGGCCAGCAGCAAGCUCACAGCCUGCAGUGUCUUCACAAGGUCCAGCCUCCGGUUUGCCACCUGGAAAUGCAGUUGGUUCUGGCCAUUCAACUCCUGCUGGAAAUAAUCAGCCUCCAUGGCCAAAAAUGAAACCAUCCGAUGUCCAGAAAUACACAAAGGUAUUUAUGGAAGUUGAUAGUGACAAGGAUGGGAAAAUCACUGGUGAGCAGGCAAGGAAUCUGUUUUUAAGCUGGAGGCUACCCAGGGAGGUACUGAAGCAUGUGUGGGAAUUAUCUGAUCAGGAUAAUGAUACUAUGCUUUCUUUGAGAGAGUUCUGCAUUUCAUUGUAUUUGAUGGAGCGGUAUAGAGAAGGUCGUCCUCUCCCGACAGCACUUCCUAGCAGCAUCAUGUUUGAUCAAACUCUGUUAUCUAUCCCGGGAGCACCUAGUCAUGGUUAUUCAAAUGCUGGAUGGGGAUCUGGUCAAGGUUUUGUACAGCAGCCACAGCAGCAAAUGAUGGGUCAGCGGCCAAUCACUCCACCGACUGGUAUGAGACCACCAGUCCCUCAUCCUGGAAGUGGUAUAGCACCUAAUCAGCAGAGGAAUCAAGCGCCAGCUUUGGAGGAUCCUUUUGCCAAUCACCUAGGUAACGGACAUUCUGCAAGCUCAAAUCUUGAAGAAGCAGAAACUGAUGGGGAAAAGGUUGAAGAAAAGAAGAAUGUCUAUAUGGACUCCAGGGAGAAACUUGAUUACUACCGGUCGAAAAUGCAGGAUAUUGUCUUGUACAAAAGCAGGUGUGACAAUAGAUUAAAUGAGAUCUCCGAAAGGGCUUCCGCUGACAAGCGUGAGGCUGAAACAUUAGCAAAGAAGUAUGAGGAGAAGUAUAAGCAAGUUGCAGAAAUAGGAUCAAAAUUAACUAUUGAAGAGGCCAGAUUCCGCGAGAUUGAGGGGCGAAAGACGGAAUUGAGCCAAGCAAUUGUAAACAUGGAGCAAGGUGGUAGUGCUGAUGGUCUCCUUCAGGUACGGGCUGACAGAAUACAAUCAGAUCUAGAGGAGCUGAUGAAGGCUUUAACCGAACGUUGCAAGAAGCAUGGGGUGGAGGUUAAGUCAAAGGCCCUUGUAGACCUACCAGCUGGCUGGCAACCUGGAAUUCAAGAAGGGGCAGCUCUUUGGGAUGAAGAAUGGGAUAAGUUUGAAGAUGAAGGAUUUGGCAAUGAGAUUACUUUUGACAAAUCGAAAGAGCAAAAUCCGUCUGGUGAGAAGGAAAAUGGUACGGUGGAUGAUGAUACUGGACCACCUGAUUCGCCGACUCAUUUGGAUGAGAAUUAUGGACCUUUUUCAGAAACCUCAGACCGCCACCACGAGAGUGAAUAUGAAGAUGAAUCAGGCAGAAGUCCUAGAGACAGUCCUGUUUCUAGGACUGCUACUGAGGUCCCAUCUCCAGAUUAUUCUCAAGGCUUUGAUGACUCGAAUUGGGCUAGUGCCUUUGACACUAACGAUGAUGUGGAUUCAGUCUGGGGAUUUGAUGCAUCAAAAAGCCAGGAUGGAGAUUAUUUUGGAUCUGGUGGCGAUUUUGGUGGAAACUCAGGAAGAGCAGAUUCUCCAAGUUCAAGAAGUUUCGGCGCUCAGAGAACGAGCCCAUUUGCAUUUGAUGAUUCAGUUCCCAGCACUCCACUUUCAAGAUUCGGGAACUCUCCACCUCGGUUCAGCGAUGCAUCAGCCAGAGAUAAUAAUUUCGAUAGCUUCUCCAGAUUCGACUCCUUCAACACCACGAGUGACGCUGGUGCUGGCUUUUCCUCCUCGCAGCCCGAGAGACUGUCUCGGUUUGAUUCCAUCAACAGCUCCAAAGACUUUGGUGGAGCCGCCUUCUCUAGGUUCGAUUCAAUCAACAGUAGCAGAGACUUUGGUGGUCCCUCGCUUUCAAGAUUUGACUCCAUGAAUAGUACAAAGGACCAUGGAUACUCGUUUGAUGAUGCAGACCCGUUUGGUUCCACAGGUCCCUUUAAAGUCUCCUCGGAUGAUAAAAGCCCCAAGAAAAGGUCAGAUAACUGGAAUUCCUUCUAG